CUGGAGAAAUAUUUUCUCUUGACAAUCAGAAAUCGACGAGCCUCUCUUUUGACUCCAGAGUAGACUGAAACUCUUUAUAAAUAGCUACCAUAUGGAGCUGAAAGGCAUUAUAUGAUAAAAGAAAGCAGAGGCAAUGGGGAGUACAAAAAGUGAGAGAUACUUUGUUUUCAUGAACUAUGAUCCUGAAUACGAGCGCCUUCGAGCUGAUCGGACAAAGAGAGGGGCUUAUGAGCUUGAUAUGUAUCUAAGCAGGAAGCAUGAUGAGUUAUUGGCAAACACCCUUGAGCAUGGCAGCUACGAGAAGAAAAUAUCUUUGGUCAUUGUUGAUGGCUUUGCAGUAGAAAUCACCGAAGAUCAGGCCAGUGUGCUUAGAUCUGCUAGUGGGGUGAGAGUUGUGGAGAAGAAUCAAGAGCUUCCUAGUUAAUUAUCAAGGAGUUACAAGGUAGGGUAUCCACCAUGCAGGAAAGAGCUGCAGUAAAUUUGGUGUCCCAUGAGUUUCUAUAUACAAACUCAUCUGUAUACAUGGAGGUUGGGAUUACUUAUCUCAAAGAACAAAAUCAGACAUAUAAUAAUGCUGGUGAACACUAGGGAGAUAAAUAUGUAGCAUCAUGGUGCUAUCUUAACAAUCCUGUUCCCUCAUUAGUUAGAUGGGAUUUCUUCAUUAAUGAUGACCGAGUAGUAUUGAAAGUAUUGGAAUCUAUGUAUUAAGUUUUGGAAGAUUAAUGAUAUCAAAAUGAACGCUGGAAAAGCUUAUUUUAA